AUGGACUGUCUCUUCGAUCUUGGAUCAGCCACCUCGCCGUGUGCCUACUACAAAGCGCUUCAUGAGGUGCGCGCCUUGUUCUCGUUCGCCGCUCAAAUCGGUCUUGAACUUGACACUGUGAACCUCGGCGGUGGAUUCCCUGCCAGUAAAGCGGACAAAGAACAACGCUUCCCUGAGAUGUGCGAUGUGAUCAAUGCCGGACUCGACCAGCUGUUUUCAUGCAGGGAGUUUUCGAAUCUGAAAGUGAUUGCAACUCCUGGAAGAUAUUUCGCUGCAGCUGCAUUUGUGCUUUGCACAAAUGUCAUUGGUAAACAAGCGCUGGAAGCACGUCACAUCACGAAAGACGAUUUCGACGAUGGUGUUGGAUUCGUCUAUCAAACCAAUGACAGUGUCUAUGGAUCGUUUGGAUGUGUGCUGAUGAAUUCGCAGCCGUUGUGCACUCCUCUGGAUGACAUCGCCGAUGCACCUCAGCAUUUUGGAACUGUUCUUGGCGCGUCACUUCAACCAGGAGAUGUCGCCCAGUCGCUGAUUCGCUGCCGUCAACUGUGCGUGGGCGAGUGGCUGCUUUGGAAAGAUGCUGGAGCGUACACGAUGCCGCUUGAUGGAGAACAUACAGUACCGCCAGUUUAUUAUUAUGCCGGCAUUGAUGAAUGGGAGCGUAUAAUUGGUGUGAGUAAGACUAGUACUGCCUAUAACAACGAUGGCGCUAUUAGUUUGGAUGCAAUGGAGACGGCAUCCGAUGGAGCGAGCGAUGUGGAAAGUCUCGCCGACGACGGCGAGGAUUUGACCGAGUGCUUCGAUCGAGUGUUCUUUUACUCGCUAUGA